CCUCCUCCAACCACUUGUGUCCCCAUGAAGAUGAACUUCACAAUCAUUUAAUGUAGCUGUUUUUUUUUUAAUUUAUUCGCAUAUUUGCUGAGUAUUUUCAGUUUUUAGGAAAUAUCUUUGGUUGGCAUAUUAUACAACAUGUAUUUAGCUUGGUGCUUGACAUUUAAAAAAAUUGUUUCCCCCUGUGUCUAAUGCAGCUCGUGACAUCAGUGUUUACAGACUGGUAGAGGAAGUGGAGUAAGCGAAUUCAAGAUUGCGAAGAGACGGUGGAAUGUACAUAUCAUGCACGUUGUCAGCCAGCGAAGUUCGUUAACAUUGGACAAGUCGUCAACUGGCUUUGAUGGUCGGGUACAAUUUUUAAGAAUAUGGUUACGCGCAUUCUCCAACUGAUAUUUUGGGACGAAGCUAAGAAGUCAACCGUAGCACAUUAAUAUCCUAAAAACCUACGAGUCAUUCAUGUCUGAAGGCAAGUGACAAGCUUGACUAGCUCCAUCUCGCUCGUCACUUGUCCUAGUUGUAGCUUUACUGUCAGUCUUCAAAUGGUGUAUUCCCUUCUAUCGUCAUGAAAAGCACAACUUUUAUAACUAGCUAAACAAGUUUAGCCUCCCCACAAAGAUAACUUUGCUCUAGUUUGCUGCUGUAGCUUGCAAGAAGCUAUCAAACCUAAUAUAUUUGACAUGGAGCUGUAGGUAUCUUACUGUAUAAUGGACAGAGACAGUGCUGACAAUUAUCUGUAAGAUAUUUGUAGUUAAGUUUAAAUGUAUAUAUAUAUUAUGUGUAAAGAUCAUUAAUUUUUUGUUAGAGGAAAGCUUGUAGAGUUUUACACUUGCACUAAAUUGACCAGAAGCCCAUGUACAAUGUCGAAAAGAUAGCCUAGUUGUUAUCUGACAUCCCACACUUGAACUGAAAGAAAAUGUGUAAGUAGAUAUUUAAGGCCAUAUGAAAUCCACUCUCUCUACUGUAUGACAUAAAACCGACAGAGCGACUGUGGAUUCUGCUGUAGCCGUCCAUCAACCCUGUCUUGCAAACUAAGGACACUGUUACUCAGGAAUACCAGGGAACUGAUCAUCGAGAAGAUUUCCCUUAAGGUUCACCUAGAAGGUCACUGCCAACUUUUAAAGCUGUGAAUAUACUUAAUGUAAAGGGCUGAGUUUGUUUUUCUAUCCUUAUACAGCCUAAGCCUGAAGUAGUCUUUACCGACGACUUGGCCUUAUUUUCUAUUGAUUAAGUGCUACAUUGAACAUUGCCUAGCUAUGGCGGAUUCUGGCACCGAGAUAGUCGGAGGGGAUCUCCUGAGCGUUGUCAAAGAUGACUGCUCUCUGACGGAGGCCAUUUCUAAAGAGGGCGGCCUUACACCAGGAUCAUCUGUGGCUAAAGAAAGCCACAAAGCAGAGCCCUUGGACCAUGAAGACUCCACCAAAGUCCCAUCAGUCAAGACCCCAAUUAUGGAAGCAGAAGGUUUUGACAAACACAGGGAAACCGCAAUCACACCAACCACGUGUGCGGCCAUGUCUGAAAACGGCACGACAGAAGACGCUCGAUCCACCCUGCAGAGCCAAACUCUGACAGAAGGGAACGAGGAGAGCUCAGAGGCCACGUUUGGAAGGUCGGACGAGUAUAGCCAGUCGGCUACCACAGACUCUGCCUCCUUCUCCAUCCCCAGCCUGGAGUUCUUUGAGGGCAACACCGGGAAUGACGAGCCAUUGUCCUCCUACUCUGCCGACGUCCCCUGCCUGGCCAAUGAUGUCCUGGCUGGCGUCGCUGCUGCCGCAGCCACAGGAGGAGCCACUGCCGCCCCGGACCUAGAGCCCAUGAUGCCGGCCUACUACUUUGUGAAAUGGAUCACCUGGAAGGAGAAGAAGACACCCAUCAUCACACAGAGUGAGAACGGGCCCUGUCCCCUGCUGGCCAUCAUGAACACCCUGUUUCUGCGCUGGAAGGCCAAGCUACCCACCCAGACAGAAGUAAUCACCACAGAGGACCUGAUGGCUCACCUUGGAGAGUGUGUAUUGUCCAUCAAACCCAGGGAGAAGGCUGAGGGAAUGGAGCUCAACUUUCAGCAAAACAUGAGCGAUGCCAUGGCAGUUCUGCCAAAGCUGUCCACUGGCCUUGAUGUCAACGUGCGCUUCACGGGCGUGUCAGACUUUGAGUACACUCCAGAGUGUAUCGCCUUUGACCUGCUGGACAUUCCACUCUACCAUGGCUGGCUGGUGGACCCUCAGAGCCCUGAGAUGGUUGCAGCGGUGGGAAAGCUAAGCUACAACCAGCUGGUAGAGAAGAUCAUCGACUACAAGCAUUCGGCCAACAGUAGCCUUGUCAGUGAAGGUUUGGUGGCAGAGCAGUUUCUGGAGUCCACAGCGACCCAGCUGUCGUAUCAUGGACUUUGUGAACUCAACACUACUGUCAAGGAGGGCGAGCUGUCCGUAUUCUUCAGAAACAACCACUUUAGCACUAUGAUAAAGCACAAGGGCCACCUGUACCUACUGGUGACAGAUCAAGGCUUCCUGCAGGAGGAGGGGCUGGUGUGGGAGAGCCUGCACAAUGUGGAGGGUGACGGGAACUUCUGCGACUCAGACUUCCGCCUGUGCCACCCGCCCCAGAGGAGUGUCUCCGUGACACAGCCCGAAGACCUCACUCCCCAGCAGCAGCAGAGACAGAUCGACCAGGACUACCUGGUGGCCAUGUCUCUGCAGCAGCAGCAGGGGGUGGCCCCGGGGCCCCUCAGUGACCUGGACCUGGCCAGACGGCUGCAGGAGGAGGAGUACCAGCAGCAGCAGCAGCAACAACAAGGAGGUCCCUCCCAGGCCCCAGCACAGCAGGUGAGAGGUCAAGCAGCGGCCCAGCCAGGAGGUCCGAGGAGACGGGAGAAAAAGGAUGAUUCGGACUGUGCCAUAUUAUAGCGAUACCUAACCUUA